UGGACCCCAUGACAGACAGUGGCCGUCACGUUAUGUUUUUGGUAUCCAUAACCAUAAAUAACCUCUUUUUCUUCUUACGUAGUUACGUUCAUUGUUAUUAGUUCAGGUACGUACUCUCAGCGCAUCACAAAUUUUAGAGACCUUGGCAAUUCAUGCUCUGAGUCGGAGCGGAUAACCUCCUAUACUGUGAAAAAGAUUAGGUAUUAGAACAGUUGCGAAUGAACGCAAAGAACGUCCUAACCGGCAAACUAAUCAAGAAAACUUGGCACCUUCUCCCCACUCUCUGCUACGCAACAAUCUUCGAGAUAUCUCCAUCCCCAUCUCCCUGCGAUUUACGUGCUUGCGUUGCUGCUUUACAGUCCUGCGCCCAUCACAGGAACCUCUAUAAAGGGAAAGAAAUCCAUUCCUGGAUGCUCAUCAAUGGGUUAGUGGACUCUCCGUUCUCUGUCACUAGCUUGAUCAAUAUGUAUUCCAAGUGUAGUCAACUUGAUGACGCCCUUAUAAUUUUCAAUGCAACCCAUGAUCGGAAUGUUUACACUUGGAAUGCGAUGAUGGCUGGAUUUAUUGCCAAUGGCUUGUCCCGAAAUGCGUUUGAGUUGUAUCAGAGAAUGCGCCUGGAUGGCGUAGUAGUUCCAGAUAAAGUCACGUUUCCUUCUGCUAUAAAAGCUUGCUCUGACCUCUUAGAGGUUCUGGAAGUAAGGAAAAUUCACGCAGGUUUGUUUAAAUUUGGUCUGGAGAAUGAUGCCUUUGUCUCCAGUGCUCUCAUAAAUUUUUAUUUGAAAAUUUAUCUAGUCGAAGAAGCGCAGCUCUUGUUUGAGGAAUUGCCUGAGAGAGACGUCGUGCUGUGGAAUGCGAUGAUAAAUGGGUAUGCUCAGAUUGGUCAAUUCAUUAUGGCUUUACAAGUUUUCGGGAUGAUGAGAAAAGAAAAUGUGGUCCCAAGUAAAUUCACGGUUACGGGGAUCUUAUCAGUUUUGACCAUGACCGGGGAUCUUGAUAAUGGGAGAGCAGUUCAUGGUUUUGCAAAGAAAAUGGGCUAUGAAUCUGAUAUUGCUGUUUCAAAUUCAUUAAUUGACAUGUACGGGAAAUGUAAGGAUGUUGUUGAUGCGCUGGAAAUAUUUGAGAAAAUGUUGGACAGAGAUAUAUUUUCAUGGAAUUCGAUUAUUGCAGUACACCAACAGUCCGGUGAUCAUGACGGGACCCUUAGUCUUUUUGACAGGAUGCGAGAAGCUGGGGUAUGCCCUGAUGUUGUCACGAUCACGACUGUUCUUCCGGCUUGCUCCAGUAUGGCAGCAUUGAUGCGUGGUAAGGAAAUUCACGGGUACACGAUUGUGAGUGGUAUGAGGAAGGAUGAAGAUGGAGAAGAGAUCCAUGACAUACAUGCGGACAAUGCUAUCUUGGACAUGUAUGCAAAAUGUGGCAGUCUUAAGGAUGCUGGUUUGUUCUUUGAUAAGAUGAGGAAUAAGGAUGUUGCAUCAUGGAACAUCAUGAUCAUGGGUUAUGGAAUGCACGGGUUUGGCAAUGAGGCAUUGAUCAUGUUUCGGCUCAUGUGUGAGUCUGGUGUGAGGCCAGAUGAGGUGUCCUUUGUUGGGGUCCUAUCUGCCUGUAGUCAUGCAGGGCUUGUUAGCCUAGGAUGGCAGUUCCUUGCCCGCAUGGAAUUGGACCAUGGGGUGAUUCCGACGGUUGAACAUUAUGCAUGUGUGGUUGACAUGCUUGGUCGAGCAGGGCGGCUUGAUGAGGCUUAUAAGUUGGCUGUUACAAUGCCUAUCGAGUCCAAUCCGGUAGUUUGGAGAGCAUUCCUGGCUGCCUGUCGGAUUCAUGGGAACACAACCCUAGCUGAGAUUGCAAAUAAACGACUUUUGGAGAUUGAACCAGAGCACUCUGGGAGUUAUGUGCUCAUCUCUAAUGUUUAUGGAUCAAUGGGAAGAUAUGAGGAUGUUUCAGAUGUCAGGCAUACAAUGAGACAGAGAAAUGUGAAAAAGACUCCAGGGUGUAGCUGGAUUGAGCUAAAGUUUGGUGUUCAUGUAUUUGUCACUGGUGAUCGGAUGCAUCCUGAAUCUGAUCGUAUCCAUGCUGAAUUGGAUGCAUUGACUGGGUGUUUACGUGAGUAUGGAUACGUUCCAGAGGUUAGUUAUGUGCAAGGCUGUGCUUCUUUAUAAAAAGUCUGUCCUGAAAGUGGCAUCGAGAUUAUUACUGCUUUACCAUCUGAUAGAAAUCAGAAUUGUGGUUAAGGGAUUUUGGUAAACCCAAUCUCUACAGGCUUUUGAAAGUUUUGCAAUACAUUGUAGAAUAAAUCUUUAGACCAUUUUUAUGGAAGAAGUCCAUUGUGGGAGUUUUAGAAGUGGUCAACCAUUGAUUUAACAUCCCAUAUACAAGAGAUUGAAGGCUUUCAUGAAAAAGGGGUCUUGAUUUC